AUGUUGAAUGGGCUGAGUACCACAGGGUAUCGAUUGGAAAUAAAAAUCAAUUUUCCCAAAUUGUUCAACUUAGCAAAGCCCCCAAGUUUGAAGCGGUCUUUGCUUUUGUGUAGGCCCUAUCGCUCGUCUUCCUUUCUGCCGUCGGUUGGUGAGCUUGCAGACGCCAUUUCGCGCGAAAAGCACAUCUGCAUCCGUAGCCUGGACCCUGCCCCUGUUUUCCAGCAUUUGGCCCUGGAGGAAUGGAUUUUGAGCUUUUUGGAGGAGGCCGUUGAUCUCAACAACGAGUAUCGGGUUCUUCUUUUUUAUGUUAACAAGCCUUGCGUGGUGAUUGGCCGCAACCAGCUUAUUUGGAACGAGUGCGAUCCAUCCAUAAUUACAACCGCAAGGAGAAUGAGCGGAGGGGGAGCGGUAUAUCAUGACCCGGGAAACUUGAAUUUUUCUCUUUUUACGCCAAAGCAUUUGUUUAGGCGAGAAAGAGGAAUCGAGGCGCUUCGCACCUCGCUGCAGGCAGAAAUUCCUGCAUCCUUGCUGCGUACGUCAACGUUCCACGAUCUUUUCCUAAGCGAGAAAAAGGUUUCUGGCUCUGCUUUUAGAAUUGCGCGGGGGUGUGCAUACCACCAUGGCACGGCCCUUUUUUGUUCAGAUUUGCAAAUGCUUUCCAAGGCACUAAAGCCAAAGGAGUUUCCCGAUUUUUUCAUAUCCUCAAUGGGGGCUUCAAAAUCAAGGCGCUCUUUUGUAGCCAAUAUUAACGAUCACUACCCUAACCUCAAAGUGGCAUCCAUAAUUGACGGCAUGGCAAAAUUUCUCGGUAUUUUGAUUUGCCUCCAAUUUUGCGCUAGGUAUCCCAAACUUUCAUUCAAUUGGAGCCAAUUUUGCGUGGCAUCAAGACUUGAAGUUUAUGAAAACCCUGCACACGCUACAGGUAUGAACAAGCAUUGCCUAAUGUGGCUGUCUAGUCUGCUGAAUGGAUCAUCGGCAAUAAUCCCGAAUUUAGCAUAG